UCCCGAGGCCCAAGCGCGGCCCCUUCGGCUUCGACCUCAUCCCGAGGUGGGCGUUGUGUACGGGCGGCGCUGCGGAGACCUCCACCCAGGACGGCUCUCCCUCCCCGGGCCUCUCCCCUCUUCCCCGCGAGUGCCCUAGUCUUGUAGGCCUCUUGGAUCUAGUUCGUGGGGUGAGGUGAGAGCAGGCCCGGGGAGGGUGCUUAUCGCCGAGGAGCCGCAGUCAGAAGCAAGUUGGUGUGGCGAGGGACCGCCCGUAUAUCCGCGGCUUAGCUUGUGCCCAGCGUAUGGAUGUGUCGUACCCAUCUUAAAUUAACGGAACUCCAAGAUGAUAGAGGUACUAACAACUGACUCUCAGAAACUGCUACACCAGCUGAAUGCCCUUUUGGAACAGGAGUUGAGAUGUCAGCCAAAGGUCUGCGGCUUGAGACUAAUUGAAUCAGCACAUGAUAAUGGCCUCAGAAUGACGGCAAGGCUAAGGGACUUUGAAGUAAAAGAUCUUCUUAGUCUAACUCAGUUUUUUGGCUUUGACACGGAAACGUUCUCUCUAGCUGUGAAUUUACUGGACAGAUUCCUGUCCAAAAUGAAGGUACAGCCCAAACACCUUGGGUGUGUUGGUCUGAGCUGCUUCUAUUUAGCUGUAAAAUCAGUAGAAGAGGAAAGGAAUGUCCCAUUGGCAACUGACUUGAUCCGAAUAAGCCAGUAUAGGUUCACAGUUUCAGACCUGAUGAGAAUGGAAAAAAUUGUAUUGGAGAAGGUGUGUUGGAAAGUUAAAGCUACUACUGCCUUUCAAUUUCUGCAACUCUAUUACUCACUCAUUCAAGAGAACUUGCCGUUUGAAAGGAAAAAUAGCCUUAAUUUUGAAAGACUAGAAGCUCAACUUAAGGCAUGCCACUGCAGGAUCAUAUUUUCUAAAGCAAAGCCUUCUGUGUUGGCAUUGUCUAUCAUUGCACUGGAGAUCCAAGCACAGAAGUAUGUAGAGUUAACAGAAGGAGUAGAAUGUCUUCAGACACAUUCCAAGAUAAAUGGCAGAGAUUUGACCUUCUGGCAAGAACUCGUAUCCAAGUGUUUAACUGAAUAUUCAUCAAACAAGUGUUCCAAACCAAAUGUUCAGAAGUUGAAAUGGAUUGUUUCUGGGCGUACUGCACGGCAACUGAAGCAUAGUUACUACAAAAUAACCCACCUUCCAACAAUUCCUGAAAUGGUCCCUUAACUGGACUAUUAUGGCAAUGGAAAACUUGGAAGCCCUUCUCCAUAAUCCUGAGCUAUGGAUUCCAUAAUAAUAUAAUGGAUUUAAGCUGUGAGACCUCAAAACAUCACAACUAGAGUAGCAUUGAUGCUCUCAGGUUUGGGAAAACUGCAUAUUAUUCUGAAGUGGAAUUAUACUAAAAUUUGAAUUCAUCUGUGAAGCAUAAAAUCAAGGGUAAGAGCAUAAGUGAGAUGCUAAUGACAAGCCUGUCAACAUAAACUGUGAAUCUUCAUUUCUAAUAUUGAUCCAACUUUGUAUAUUGGGUCAAUAUAUUGCAUUUAGAUGAUAUUAAAAAUGGUGACCUACUUAAUUUAAAUUUUAAAUUUAUGAGGCUUAUAUCAAAACCAACAUUUCAGAAAUGCACUUUUAAGGUAUAACAAGUGUUACUAUUUUAGGCAGUAAAAGUGGUUUGUUGUGACCCAUAAAGCAAGUAAUUGACUAUCCAGAAAUGUGGACUUCAUUGCUACAUAGGAAUUACAUUUAAAUUUGAGAGCAUUUUAUAUAAAGCAAAAAACUGCAGACCUAGUAAUCUUGACAUAUUCAAUGUUUUUUUCUAGAAAACAAGUAAUGUUUGUAUCCAUGACAAAUUUUUAUACAAAAUCUGCCUCAAUCUAGUCCUACCGACAAAAUUUGUUUUUGUAUCAGUAAAUCAAAUUAACAUCACUCCAAAAACUUACUAACGCUCCAGAAGUUUUUAUACUAAGGACUGUUUGUAUAAAAUUGCCAUUGUUUCUAAAUUUGAAUUUUGUUUUAAAGGAAGUAAAUAGACUUCCACUAAUUGCCCCUACUAUGCCAAAAAGAAAAUCUUAAGUAAGUAGGUAUCUUCAUAAUUAUGAGGUUGCAACGGUAGUGGUUCAGGAUUUUCUACUAAGUCAGUCAGUGUAAGGAGAUCUACAGCAUUAAAAGUGUUUUAAACGGUUACUCAGUGCAGUGUGCAGCCCAAGUCCAUCCAGAAUGGCAGUACCUGAUUUUGACAUCAUGUUAUGAAUAAAUAACUGGAUAAUAAACCAAAGAACCACAGUAUAUCUUACACUUUUGUAAACUGUGUUUUAUGGAUAACUUUUCAGUUUUCCCAAACUUCACUACCAUUAAAUUUUGCUACUAAGGGAUAUACCUUUCAAUAAAGUUAUUGAAAUGC